UUAGAGUCUUUUUUAAUCUUUUUUAAUCUUUCUUGUUUCUAGAUUGCCCACUUCCUUGUACCUUCCGGCAGCCUCUUAUUUAAUGAUUGAAUUAGCAUUAAAAUAAUGCACCAAACUAUUUCGGUACUAUUGCCAAUUUUCACCAUUUCGAAACGCUCUUCACACCUAUCGCUUGGUAUGGCUUCACCUACUCAUGACCUUUUAACGCACGGGCACGGUUAAAAAGCCGCCAUAUUAAUUUUGAAAUGUUAGAAAAUUAGAUGUUGCUUCACAGAAAAUUUACUAUCGCACCCAACCAGAUAUCCUUGCGAAGCUUACGUUCCGAAUCUGGACUAGAUCAGAUUGUCGCCCAUUCACCACGCACACACAACGUAUUUUGCGUGAUCUCAUGGUGAGCUACUCACGAUCAACGCGCGCGCGCGGGCCCGCACUACCAACCAACCAAUCAACCAAUCCAUCCGGCUGAGCUUUGACACCACCCCUAACCAACGCACCCUCCAACUCACCCCGAUCGGUGAGCUUUUCUCUCGACCCACCAACCAAGAUCGCAGCAAAGAUUCGCGUACGCGGCUCACCAACACCGAUAGAACGUUUAUGACCACCCCGAUUGUAAAAUGAUUGAACGCGGGCGUCCCUCCGCGGGCGGAUGAGAACCUGGGGACGCAGCCACCACAAACAACGCACCGUGCGAAGUUAGACGCACCCGGACGGUUCAGUUUAUCGGUGGCAGUUUCGGAGAACAGGUUCUCGCUCGACGCGUUCUUGCGGAGCAUCUUCAUCGUAUCGAUACCGUAGAUCGACAGUUAUGGAUCGUAGUGUGGUGAAAUUGGUGCUGUUCUUGACCGCUUUCGGCCAAGUGCCGGGCUCGGAGUCCGUCUCCGUACCGCCCAUCUUUCUGUACGAUGAUUUUGACCGCUGUGAGGCACAAUCGUCCGUGUACUGCUAUGGGCGAACGGUGCUGCGGCUCGAUCAAUAUCCGGCCGGGUUUGUUGUGCCACAGACCGAAAGCAUGGAUCGAAUCGUGUACCAGCAUCGAGUACAUCAUCUGGAGCUCGGAAUCUGUCUGCGGGAGUGUGAACGAGAGCUGGAGGGUGUUCCCAACCGGGACCAGCUGUAUCAACCGCAAAUUCCCGUCAACUUUACCUUCUUGAUACCGAACGAGCUGUUUCCCACGAUGAAAGACGAUAAGCGCCGGUACGAGACGCUGGUGAAUGUGUGCGUCAACCGGCGACUCCGCACGCGUUACAACAUUACCGGUUACACCGCGCUCGAGUACUGUCGGCCCGAAGCGGCCAAGCAAAAGGCCCGCCCGUUCGAUGCACUGGAGCUGCUGUUUCUAGCCAUUUUGGGGACACUGCUGGGCACACUCAUUCUAUCCUCGAUACUAGACUUCAACAGGGUUGACCAAGACAAUGCGAUCGUGUCCGCGUUUUCCAUACGGCGCAAUUGGGAUCGACUGCACGAGCGACCCAGCUCUCAACUGCACCGAGACCUGCGCUACAUCGAUGGACUGCGGGUGAUCAUCAACCAUCUUGUGAUCGUGCUGCACAGCUUCCUGAUCGCAAGUGCCGCCCCUUCACGCAACUACGACGAGCUGGAAGAGAUGAUGUCCUUCGCCCCACUGCUUAUCUACAUCUCAUCCAACGCGUUCCUGGUGCAGGUGUUCUUCACGAUCGGUGGAUAUUUGCUGAGCGUAAACGUGCUGCGUGAUUCCGAAAAAACUCCGAUCAACGUCCGGUACGCGGGCAAUAAGGUACUGAACCGACUACUGCGUCUCGUACCCGUUUACGCUUUCUUCCUGCUGUUCUCCGUAAGCGUUAACAAACGGUUCGAUGUGAACCUGAGCGGGUAUCGAUUGUUUACGGCGGAAAAUGCAAUCUGCCGUCAGAAUUGGUGGGCCAAUUUGUUCUUCGUGAACAACUUUCUGUGGCCGGAGGAGCUAUGCCUGAUGCACACCUGGUAUCUGGCGGCCGAUCUGCAACUGUUCCUGAUGGCGAUGGGACUGCUGCUGGUGAUCUACCGGUGGCCCAAGAGUGUUGGGGUGGUUUUCUUGGGUGGAGUGAUAGCAUCGUUCGUGAUACCGGGCUAUGUACUGCACGUGCACAAGCUGCAUCCAGUGUUGCCGGCUAAGCUGAGUGAAACCAAAUUCUUAACCAUGUACGAUCCAUGGCUCCGACGAAUCUAUCUGCCCAGCUAUACCAAUACUGGAAGCUAUCUGUUCGGAGUGAUUGCCGGGUACGUGUAUCAUGGAACGAAGACCAACCGGAUUCAGCUGCAGAAUUCUUUGCUCUACAAAGCGGUCGACAAAUGUGUGACGCCCGUUCUCAUUGGCGUGAUCAUGUCCACCUACCUGUGGUACGCCAUCGACAUACCGAAACCGAACAUCUGGGUCACGCUCUACAGUGCGCUGUAUCGUAACAUUAUCGGCAUAUUCGUUGCCGUUUGUUUCAUGCGAUGUAUCAUUACACCUCGAGGUGAUAUCCGCAAAUUUCUCAGCAACAGAUUCCUGACCACACUCGGCAAGCUAACGUACAGCGCGUACGUCCUGCACGAUGUGGUGAUGCGGUUCAUACUGCUUAACGAAAGCUACAACACGCUCAUCAGCGCACCGACCUUCUUCAUGUACGUGUACAUUGUGACCGCGCUGGCGUUCAUCGGUGGACUGGUCGUGUUUCUUGUCAUCGAGCAACCGAUGAUACAGCUGCUAAAGCCCUACGUCAACCAAAUCUGCCCUGUUGGGAAGGAGAAACUAGAACGAAAGGAGCAAUUGUCACAGUACCACCGUAUGCCGAAGCUGUGGCAGAUGGACGAUUAUGACGAGUGUCUCCAGUCACCCGGACCGGAUGAACCGCCCGGCGUAUAUUGUAGCAGUACGGUCGUGCUCAAACCGGACAAUCGAUCCGAGCUUUGGAAAUUGAUCGAGGAAUUUUCUAGCGACUAUAAACGAAAUUACAAUCAUCGGGUGCUGAAACGAUUCGUUUGCAUUCGAAAGUGUCAAAAGGCGGUUGAAAGGCUGUCGCCAAGCGAGAGGAAAGCGCUCACGGUGGAAAAGUUCCCAAUCGAUUUUACAUACAAAUUUGAUGAUGGUGUCUUGGAAAGUGCCGCAUCGUACCAGGAAGUGUACGCAGAUCUGGUGGAGAUUUGCAUCAACAAGGAGCUGAACGAAACGUACGGAUUGGUGGCCCACACAGAGAUAUUGUCGUGUGAUAAAUCAACGGAUGAGAUUUCUUUAGAUGCACUGGAUAUGUCCUUUCUGAUCAUCCUCUGCGUGCUUGUAUGCUGUGUGAUCCUUUCAUCCUGGUACGACAGUUCAAUCAACUACAAACUCAACUCCGAACACUACAAGCAAUCGCUCGAGAGUAAACGAAAAAUGGUUUGGGUGUCCUUCUCCAUACAGCGCAACUGGUAUCGGCUAACGUCACGCUCGCGCGAUGAAACCCAUCAAAAGUUACGCUUCUUUCAGGCGUUCCGAUUUCUCACCAUGUCCCUCGUUAUUUUUGGCCAUGCUGCCCUCCUUCUUGCCCUCUCACCGACCACCCAUUCGGAAAAGCUCGAGCAACUGAUGCACAGCGUCGGUAGCAUGAUUCUCACCAACGGCGUACAGAUCACGCAAACGUUUCUCGCGAUGAGCGGAACACUGUUGGCGAUACAGGUGCUGAGCUUUGCCGAAAAGCGGAAGGGUCGCAUUAGCUUCCUGUACGUGCCGGUGGCGAUUCUCUACCGAUAUGUAAGGUUGACUCCAGUCUAUGCGUUUGUGAUCUUGCUUCAUGCAACGUGGCUGCUAAAGCUGCAAACCGGACCGAUGUGGCGAUGGGGCGCAGAAACGGAGCAAACGUUCUGUCGCCGUAACUGGUGGACGAAUUUGCUGUACGUCAACAACUACGUGCAUGCAGACGAGCCGUGCGUUCAGCAAGGCUGGUACCUGGGUGCCGAAUUUCAAGUCUUCAUCAUCGCACUGAUCGUGCUAAUAACGAUCGUCAAGUUUCCCCGGGCCAAAAUUUUCAUUCUGUCCCUUGUGCUUGCCGCCGCAUACAUCGUUCCAGCCUUCUUCAUCUACCACCAAAAGCUGCCAGGAACGUUCGUCCUUACGCUGGAAGCUCAACGGUACAUCCUUUGGUACGACAAGCUCUACCUGCAGGCGUACAUCCCGACGCACAUCAACUUCGGCAACUACAUGCUGGGCGUUCUGACCGGUGUCAUCUACAACGAGCUUCGCCAGCGUUCGAUCAAUCUGGCCGAAAGUAAAGCGUUCUGUGCCGUGUGGUACGCAACGUUCCUGAUCGUACCACUGUCCAUGCUGCCGUCGUACGUGUUCUACGUGAACGACUUCGAAACACCGUCCCUGUGGAUGGCGAUUUAUUUCCCCAUCAUGAAGAACCUGUACGGCAUCGGGAUAGGCAUCGUGAUCGUCGGUUCGAUCUACGGUGUUAACGGUGUGCUGAAGCGUAUAUUGAAUUAUCCGUUCUUCGAGCCGCUCGGCCGGUUAGCGUACGGUGCGUACCUGAUUCAUCCGUUCGUGAUGCGCUACAUGUUUAUCAGUGGCCGGGGACCGGUGUACUACAGCGAUACACUUACGCUUUCUUUGGUGUUUGGCGCGAUCGUUAUGUCCUGUCUGCUAUCGUUGGCGCUUUGUUUGCUGCUGGAGCUACCUACUUCCGCGCUACAGAAUCAGCUGUUUGGUAGCUUUACGGGCAAAAAACCAAACCAAAUCGAUGCGGAAAGUGCUACGAAAGGCAGUCCAACCCCAAUCAUACCGGAUUUCGAAGCAAAAAAGAGUGACCCGUGAAACGAGUGUUAAAAGAAAAUCUGGGAAAAAUAAAGUUAAAAUUCGAGAAAAUCGAAAACAAA